CUUCUGCACCUUGAUAACUAAAGAGAUUUAUAAUAAUAUAAUAUGCCAUUUAGCUACAGCUUCAUUUUCUGGUACUAAAGUUGUGCUACCAACUCAUGCACAUUGCCCAUAGCUUAUGUACAACACUGUCAUCUUUGAUAUGGUAUAUAUUCACUUUAAAUGUGAUGAGUCAAACUGUGUCUCUAUUGAUGGUUCCAUGUUGUGAUUGGUUUGUCUCAGGCACAGCCAGAGGUGGGGGCCAACCCAGUGCAGGUAGAGAUCGGAGACUUUGACGAGGCCAUCGAUGUGGAGGAGGAGGAGGAGGUCACCCCUGAGAGUGAGUAAUAGCCACUGUAAUCACUAAUCACUACUGUCGCUCGACAGACGCUGUGAGAAAACAAUACCUAAUCACCAAUGCCUUCUGUGAUGGACAGCUUAUAAAGUCCUAGUUUAGCACAUAUUUCAAUGAUAAUUGGUAACAUUCAUCAAGCUAACAGUCUGCAUGGCUACAGUAAAUUAUUGCUAUUAUUGUAAAGUUAAACACACAAUAGCUAGUACAGGGUUCCCCAACUGGCGGCCCGCAGGCCAAAUUUGGUACACGGGUGAUUAUAUUUGGCCCCCAAGUUAUCUAAGUGAAAGAAAUAAAAGCAAAAUUAAGGAAAAUAAACGUUCGUUGUUGGAAAUAAGAGACUGUAAAAACACCAGCAAAUCAGCUCCAAGUGAUUUUAAUUUGGGAAAUCUGUUCCAAGAUAUUCCCACGCAUAAUAGAGAGAUAUAUGUGAUCGUAUACAAAUGUAAGCAAGGUUUGAAAUUAUUAUGUUUUAGUCAAAUAUUAUAUCCGUUUGGGCUUCUUGUGGUCAAUUUGCAGUCUACAAAUGAUUUGUAAUGAUGUACCAGCCCCCCUGACCAUCCACUCAAGAAAAGAUCGUCCCGCGGCUGAAUCUACUUGAUGAUCCCUGGGCUAGUAUAUAUAUAUAUAUAUUAUAUAUAUAUAUAUAUAUUAUUAUAUAUUUUUGGCUGCUUAGGUACCAUUAGCUUUAGUAGAGGUGUGACAACAUCAGUCAAAUGAAGCUGUGUGUUGGUGCUCCUUUGCAGCAGCUGUGUUGUGAGAUGUUGGCUAGAUGGUAGAGAGAGAGAGAGAGGUGGGGAACACCUUGGUAAUGACAGAGUGCUUCUGUCUCAAAAGAGAGACCUAUCAUCAUGUGUUCCACCCAAUGGUUCCACCCAAGCUUCUUGGAAACGGAAAAUAAACCCUUCUCCUAAUUGGCAGGGGUGCCGCCACACUCCUCCUCUGCACAACUACCGCCAGGAAUAUCUAUCUGUUGAAUAUCUGAGCAGGAAAUUCAAGGGCAAAAGAACACUUCCGAUAUGUUCCAUUUGUAAUGUUCCAGAAUGUUUGAACACUUUCCUUCGUAGAUCCCUGCUUGAACCACCACUGCAAGAAGGGAAAGGUGUGUGAGGUGGAUGAGGAGAACACCCCCAUGUGUGUCUGCCAGGACCCCACUUCCUGCCCCGCUGCCCUUGGAGAGUUUGAGCAUGUGAGUUAUCAUCAUAGAAAUCAUAUUCUACUCUGUUCAGACCGACAUCCAGUAGGUCUAGAUAUGUCUCAUAUAUAACGCUGUUCCUAAUAGAACCUUGACCUGUACAAUAAUGAUACUACUGAUAUGCAUCAUUGGCUCAUUCUUGAUAUAAAUUCUGACUAUAUCUGAUUCAUGAAUGUAAUCUGUGUAUCCCAGGUUUGCGCCACCGACAACACAACCUACGACUCUUCCUGCCACUUCUUUGCCCAGAAGUGCAGUCUGGAGGGGACCAAGAAGGGCCACAAGCUGCACCUAGACUACAUCGGGCCAUGCAAAUGUGAGCUAUGCUUUAUAGUUACAAACAUUCAUGGAGUGAAUGUUUAUUUAAUUAAUUUCAAUUCAAUGUAUUAACCCUCCCAGGGGCCAUUGAGAACGUUUUAAUCAAACCAUUUAAUUCAGUGCAAUAAUUUUCACCUUUUUGAGAAUACCCCUUAAGACAUAUUUUCCUCUGAGAGUCCGUUCCCAGUGUGAUUGGUUAUGCUGUCUUGGAGCUGAAAGCUUCUCCACAGAGAAUGAUGAAUGGGCUGAACUAGAGGGACCUCGCCUUAAGGACCCCAGCACAUAGAGUGGAGGGCAGGCUGUAACAUGCUCUCUGCAUUUCUGCCCUUCUCAAUUUACUGCUGAAUCUGCAGCUAAAUGUCUCUCAUUAAAUAACAGAACCAAGCCCAUGCAUCUCUCUCUGCUGGUGAUGAGUACCUUAGGACUGAAGGGCACAGAUGGAGAUCAUGUUGUUGCAUGUCGUGGAUCCAAAAACUUAAAAUAACACUUUUUUAAACUAGUGGCCUCUAAAUGUCAGGUACAGUAUUCAACCAAGGAAUAAAACAAAAGGUAAAAAAUAAUUGCCUUAAUGGAUGUGUGCAUCAACCAUACAUUUCAAUGGACAGAAAUGUCAAAUGUUGUGUGAGUUGUGGGUUUUAUGUUCUAUGACAAAAGACCGUUUGAGAUCAGGAUUGGAGAUUUUGACUUGAAUGUCCUACUUGCAAAACAACUUUCUGACCAUGACUUACUUGACUUAAUUAAAAUGAAACCCUUUGGCUCCUUGGGGACCAUAGGUCAUUGAACAAACCUUCUCCAGCUGUUCCUGGGUCUUCCCCGUUUCCUUUUCUCUCUGACCAUACCUAAUGUUUCUUCCUGUGUGUCUCUCCAGUCAUCGAGCCCUGCAUGGAUGCUGAGCUGAAUGAGUUCCCCCUGCGUAUGAGGGACUGGCUGAAGAACGUUCUAGUCACCCUGUACGAGCGCGAUGAGGAGAACAACCUCCUGACUGAGAAGCAGAAGCUCAGAGUAAGUCCACUUUGCCAUUUCUAUAAAAACACAGCACAGAACCCAUUUACUGUUUGCCUACUGAGGAUGGGUCAAAAUCAUUAUUAAAACACAGCACAGAACCGAUUCAUUUUGCUUGCGUUCAUUUACCGAAACUCUGCAGAUGGGUCAAAAUAAUGAAUAAACCAAAUAUGAUUAUAGGAUUUGAUGUUCUGCUCUCACUAUGAUGUCGACUCCUUUUGUGCAUCGAAUCCCACUGGGAAUUAUUUAUCCGUUUGUUCUAUUCAAAUGAGUAUUAGACAAACUAAUGUUUGCAGAAAUGUUGCUUGCCUUGCAGGUGAGGAAGAUCUAUGAGAAUGAGAAGAGACUGCAGGCUGGAGAGCACUCCCUGGACCUGCUGGCCCACGACUUUGAGAAGAACUACAACAUGUACAUCUUCCCCGUCCACUGGCAGUUCGGUCAGCUAGACCAGCACCCCGUCGAUGGGUAGGUAGAGGAGAAGAAGAGUUUGUCUUCUGCUUCAGCUGGAUUGUUUCAACAUCACACAAAUACAGGCUUGCUUGGGCCUUUGACUCAACUCUGUGCCAGCCAGGACAUCAACACUGAAACAUUUCUAAAAUGUCUCAGAAAGGAUAUUAGCAGCAUGCCUGAAUAUAUUGUUUUAUGAGCAAAAAAGCGACUGACAGUGCUACAUUGGGGCUGUUCAUACUUCACAAUACUGACUUUUAAAUGCCAAAGGAUCAUAUGGGUAACAUGUUUCUCUAUGGUGUUUUCUGGGGUCUAAAACUACCGCUUACAAAGCCUUUAUAAAUCCUUUAUAAGGCCUACAUAGAUGCUUCAUAACAGGUGUUCGUUCUGUGGCGUUGUAGGUUCCUGUCCCACACAGAGCUGGCCCCCCUGCGCGCUCCUCUCAUCCCCAUGGAGCACUGCACCACUCGCUUCUUCGAGCAGUGCGACGCCGACAAUGACAAGUACAUCGCCCUGGAGGAGUGGGCCAACUGCUUUAGCAUCAAGGAGCGUGAGUAGUUUUAAAACCUCAUUCACAGUUUACACUCAUUAUUUUACUGCCUCAAAAGAAACUAGGAGGACCAAGGCACUCUGUUACAAUGCCUUUAUUGUUUGUGUCUGAAAUGGCACCCUAUUCCCUACAUAGUGCACUACUUUUUACUAGAGCCCUAUAGGCUAUAUAGGGCAUAGGGUUCCAUUUCAGACGCAAGCCAUGUCUUCCUUCUAUUCUACGGUCUAUUUUACUAAAAUGGUUCAGAGCAGGCCAUUUCAUUACUGCUUGUUAAUGCGGGGGCUUGUUGUUCUGUUUUCAGAGGAUGUCGACAAGGACCUUGUCAUCUAAACUCAUCAGCUGACCUAUGACAACUAGUCUUUUGGGACGAGGUGCUAAGCUGAUCCCUAAAUUAAAGAAACACAGUAACGGUGCUAACUGCAACUAAUUAACGACCUACCUAUACCACUGCAAUUGAUGAAAAAGAGACGUGCACAGUCUGAACUAACAAUCACGAAACGUGGUCAUGAUGCAACUUCAAAUGUGUCUUGUUUGUGCAAAUAAAUAAUCAUUUUUAACCAGAUAGAUUAGAAGAAGUAACAGAAAGAGACUUGUGACGGGAGGGAGAUGUAAAUGUAUGACUGGACUCUGUAUGUUGAAUGGUUUGUGAUAAUGGUUGUUUAUCACAUUUCAAUUUUUUUUUCUCACUUUAUCAGUGCUUGGAUUUAUAACAUCAAUUUGAAAAUUAUUUGAAGGAGACAAAUUUGUAAAAUCAAAAAUAAAGUUUCUAAAUAAAUGCUCCUUUUGCUUUUUAAACAUAUUUAGUUGUUUUGCAGUCUUUGGUGGUGGACUCACUCAUUUUGUCAUCUCUGUUGUUUUGUUUGCUAGUUCAUUGACUUUUGACUACUGUUUUAAAUUAAGGCCUGACUAUCCACAGGUUUGUUUUCCUUACAUAGAUUCUGUCACACAACAAGGGCAUAAGUGUAC